AUGCUCCAGGAGAAAAGCCUGUCUGAAACCGAGGAAGGGUUUCCAACAGCCCCCGCGCCCGGCCAUGCGGACACCUCCGCCGGCUCCCCCGUCCUCGGCGUAGCCGGGGGGAGCAGCACGCCGCUCAGCAGCCCGCAGCUCCCCGACCCCGAGCAGACAAUAGAAAAUAUCAAAGUCUAUCUCCAUGAGAAGGAGCUAUGGAAGAAAUUUCAUGAAGCUGGCACAGAAAUGAUAAUAACCAAAGCAGGCAGGAGGAUGUUUCCCAGUUACAAGGUCAAAGUGACUGGAAUGAACCCCAAGACCAAGUACAUUUUGUUGAUUGACAUCGUCCCAGCCGACGACCACCGGUACAAAUUCUGUGACAACAAAUGGAUGGUGGCUGGGAAGGCUGAGCCAGCCAUGCCAGGCCGGCUGUACGUGCACCCCGACUCCCCGGCCACAGGAGCCCACUGGAUGCGGCAGCUGGUGUCCUUCCAGAAGCUCAAACUCACCAACAACCACCUGGAUCCCUUUGGACACAUCAUCCUUAAUUCAAUGCACAAAUACCAGCCACGGCUGCACAUCGUGAAGGCGGACGAGAACAACGCGUUUGGCUCCAAGAACACGGCUUUCUGCACCCACGUCUUCCCAGAGACCUCCUUCAUUUCUGUCACCUCCUACCAGAACCACAAGAUAACCCAGCUGAAAAUUGAAAACAACCCCUUUGCCAAGGGCUUCCGGGGCAGCGACGACAGCGACCUGCGCGUGGCGCGGCUCCAAAGCAAAGAAUAUCCAGUAAUUUCCAAAAGCAUCAUGAGGCAGAGGUUGGUGUCCAGUCAUGGCCAGCUGUCAGCAAAGCCAGAUGUUAACCCACUCCAUGGCAAUCACCAGACCCUCCAGCAUUAUCAGUAUGAGAAUGGAGCUCACAUGCAGUUUGCAGCUUCGGAUACUCAAGAUCUGCCACUCAACACCUUCACAGCACAGAGAGAUUCAGGGCUCUUCUACCAUUGUCUAAAAAGAAGAGAAAGCGCUCGGCACCUGGACCUGCCCUGCAAACGCUCCUACCUGGACGCCUCCUCCUCGGUGGGGGACGAUCAUUAUUUCCGCUCGCCGCCGCCCUACGAGCAGCAGAUGCUGAGCCCGUCCUACUGCGGGGAGGUGGCUCCCCGGGAGGCCUGCAUGUACUCUGGCUCCGGCGCCGACAUCGCCGCCGUCUCGGCCGUCGACGAUUUGCCUCCUCCGCCGCCGCCGCUGAGCUGCAACAUGUGGACUUCAGUCGCACCUUACACCGGCUACAGCGUGCAGACCAUGGACACUGUCCCCUACCAGCCCUUCCCCGCUCACUUCCCCGCCGCCCCCAUGAUGCCGCGGCUCCCGGCCAUGGCGGGCCAGGGCUCGCAGCCGCCGGGGAACGGCCCCUUCAGCGUGUACAACCAGCUGGGCCCGGGCCGGGAGCGCGGCCCCGCCUCGGCCUUCCCCAGGGAGAGGGGACACCCGGCCGUGUGCGAGAGGAAAGCGCCCUCCCCGCACCUGAACGCGGCCAACGAGUUCCUGUACUCGCAGAGCUUCUCGCUGUCCAGGGAGUCCUCGCUGCAGUACCAUUCAGGGAUGGGGACUGUGGAGAACUGGACCGACGGGUGACCCCCGGGCCACCGC